AGUUAGGUGACAAUAAAGAAGAGUACUGUCAAGAAAUCGUCGGCUCUUAAUGGCACCUCUCUUCAUUUGAAAAGAUAUGGAAAGAAGAACAAUUAUGGAGAGAGAGAACGUAGCAGCGCUCACGGCAGGCAUCCCCGUAACGCAGGUGAUGCUUCGCGCGGCGGGAGACAGCCUGGUGCAGGAUGAACGUGGGGACCGGUGCUAUGUAGCGAUCAAUCCCGGUUACGCCGCCCCACCUGCCGCGUACACGCGCGUGCUUGCGGUGCGUUCCCUGGUGGGCUUUCUCGCCUUUGUGGGGACUCUACUCUCUGCGGUCGGGCAGGCCGUCUACUUUCGUCGCGGGGCGUACGGGAUGUCCAAGUACGGGGUGUGGCGGUCAUUCCAAUUUCCGGGGUGCUGGAUAAACGACCUCGACCCCGAAGCCAGCAAGAUGCGCAAGGUCUUUGCCGUCGCCACGUCUGUGUUUGGGCUCAUCUCGUGUAUUCUGUCUACGGUGUACGCCGUGGAGUGGCCGACGCUCGAGCGGGCAAGGAGAGCGGAGCAGGAGGACAACUUCCAGCUGCUAUGCACCUACGCGACGGGGCUGAACGACGCGGAGGACAGCAGCGCCACUUCGUUCCCCUUUGUGAACGCACGUGUAGAGAACCGCGGACACGUGGAGAAGGUGCCGAUCGAGGAGGUGGAACGCCGGCGGCGCAAGAAGGACAAUGACGUGGGUAUUGCGAUCUUCUCCAUGACAAUGAUGGCGGCGGUGAGUGCGAUUAUCACGGUACUGCUGAUGCUGUACUUCCACGACAGCGAUUUUUAUUGCGACGGUUACCAGAGCGAGUGGGAUGCCGGUUUCGGCCUCUUUAUCGCGUCCCUCGCGCUCUCCGUGACGGCGUUUAUCCUUGUGGCUAUCCCCCAACUCACCGACCUGUACCUUUGCAGGCUGCCGCCGGUGGUGCGGUGCCAACUGAUGCUGGUCGAUGUGCACCGAGCGUUGCAGCAGCAGCCACCGCCUGGCGCGAGCACUGCACAGUACCGCAGCUACACCAACGCCGGACUUCCAGUUGCCCUGCCUGGUCCGCAUAGGAGCCUGUUGCGUCACGCGUCUCCGCCGCCCGCGGGGGAGCUGAGCGCGGAGGUGUCACCUGGGCGUGGGCAGCUGCCCGAAGCGGAGCAGGAGGACAACUACACGACCGCGGCGUAUUACACCGCCCCGCCGCCGCUGUUUCGAAUGGUGCACAGUGACGCACCACCGCACUAA